AUGUAUUCUGAGCUCUCUGAGUCCUCCGACGAGGACACUUUACCCAUGCGGGAAAUUCCCAUGCAACAUGAGGUGUCUGAAACCAGCGACUGGGCUAGCACUCAAAUAGCGCUAGAAACGGCUCUAGUCGCUCAAGGAUCGGUAAUACACAAACUGCGUGGGAAAUUCGCGGCACCAGAUAACGACAUAAGUCUCCCGUCAGCGUUAUUAAAGGAUGACUGCCCAGCAUGUGCUGCCGCAGGCCAGGCGAUCACACUAUCGAAACAACAGAUAUUCGACACUGCAGCCGAACUAGAAGCAGAGACCAUUAGCGCCAAACGAAUUAUAAUUUAA